UCGCGAUGACAGGUGCAGUAGUAUUGCGGUCGAUUGCGGUACCCGGAAAACGGUGUGAGAGUGGGAGCUCUUCCUGCACACACAAUCCCGGUGACGUCCUCACAUCCAACCGGUCUGUGUGCUGUGUUGGUAGCUGGUAGGUAGCUAGCUGCUAGCUAACCUGCCGAGCUACCUCCUCCUCCGCCUCCGAAGGCAGCUGAGCGGAGAUCCGUGAAUGAACCCAAUGCAUCUCCCGUGGCCGCGAUGGCAGCGACAGAAACGGUCUGACAUCUUAGCUAUGUAGCCAAAUGGUUGACAAUAUCUGUAGUUAAUGUUAGUGUGAUUCGUGCCCUUAGCUAUUUCCACCAGUAGCUUAGCUAUUUUCUGUCCGGGACAGACGGCGGCAGCUAGCCCCCUCUCUCGCCACUACAGGAGGAUGCUGAGGCUGUUCGGUGCGCUGGUUAUCCUCGGACUGGCCCUGGCGUGCAUCACCUCCUGGGUGCUGGACAGCUAUGACACGGCUUGGCACCCGAAACGGAGCGUCCAGCACCAGACUGUCGGUGAUGGAGAUGAAGCCAAGGGGAGCUCUCCACCAUUUCCCGGCGGCGAGUUGAGCAAUAUAUUCUGGUUUAUACAGGUGUCUGAUAUUCACAUAAGCCGAUUUCAUGACCCAAGACGCAUUCCUGAUUUUGAGAAGUUCUGCACGGACACAAUUGAAGUGAUCAAGCCAGCUCUGGUGCUUGCAACAGGGGAUCUGACAGACGCCAAAACAGAGAGCAAGGUGGGCUCCCUCCAGCACGAGGUGGAGUGGCAGGCCUACCACAACAUCCUGAAAAGGUCACGUGUGAUGGAGCGCACGAGGUGGAUAGACAUCCGUGGAAAUCAUGAUGCCUUCAAUAUUAUGUCACUGGACAGCAUCAACAAUUAUUACCGGAAAUACUCGGCUAAUCAGAAAGUAGGCUCUUUCCAUUAUGUUCAUAAAACUCCUUUUGGCAACUACUCCUUUGUCUGUGCCGAUGCCACUCUGACUCCAGGACCCAAGAGGCCGUACAAUUUCUUCGGUAUUCUCAACCAGACUCAAAUGGACUUGCUGGACACGUUCAGAGUUGAGAGUCUGAAAAGCAACCAGUCGAUCUGGUUUGGCCACUACACCACCUCCACCGUCGUCUCCCCGUCUCCUGGAGUUCGGGACAUGAUGAGAUCUGCUGUUGCAUAUCUGUGUGGCCACCUGCACACACUGGGCGGCCUGAUGCCCGUCCUCCACAGCCGACACCCCCAAGGCACCCUAGAGCUGGAGCUAGGCGACUGGAUGGAUAACCGCAGGUACAGAGUUCUGGCCUUCGACCACGACAUGCUGAGUUUCACUGACCUGAGGUUUGAGCAGUGGCCCGCGGUGCUCAUCACCAACCCCAAGGACGCACAGUACCUGCACCCCGGAGUGGAGCCACUGGGUCGAAUACGGAGAUCGACACACAUCAGAAUCUUGGCCUUCUCCGAGGCCCCAAUCACAGCGGUGCAUGUGAGCGUAGACGGGGAACCUCUGGGGAAAGGCCACUCCGCCGGAGGUCCUCUGUACGUUCUACUGUGGGAUCCGUCUCUCUACCUCACAGGACUGCACACCAUCAGAGUUAAAGUGGAGGACUCGGCAGGCCGGUCGUCAGUGCGGGAGCAGCACUUUACUCUGGAGGAUGACCUGACUCCCAGCUUUGGGUUCGUGCAGUCCUUCAUCCUCCUCACAGACCACUACAUCCUGGGCCGAGUGGCCUUCAUAUUUAUGAUGCUGCUGAAUGUCGGGGUGCUGCUGGCCUUUAGGUUCCUGCGUGUUCCUGCUGGGAGAGGACUGACCUCUCAAGCGUGUAUGUCGCUUCGUAUGGUCAGCACAACGGACACCUUCUACUACGCUCUGCUGCUGUUCAACCUGUGCACAGCCUUAGGCCCGUGGUUCAUAGGAGAGCUGAUAGAUGGCCAUAGUGGUGCCUGCUUCGCCUUCGGGGUGUUCAUUGACGGACACUUCCUGGAGGGCAGUCUCACUUAUGUUGUUGGAGUCGUUCAACUGCUGUUCUUCAACAUGCCCCUCACCUGCUAUCUCUGCUGGAGCCUCCACCACCGUUGCCGCGGCAACACCUUCCGUUCCCACUUCCUGCGGCCGGGCUGCCGCUGGCGGACUCUGGCGGUUCACUUCUUCAUGCUGCUGCUGCUCACUUGGCAGGCCCACUCCUGCUACUUUCUGCUGGAGACCUACGGCCCCAUGGCCUUUUUCCUGUCUCCGGUCCGCACGUGGGCACUAGGGCUCAGUCUGCUAUUGGUCUACCGCGCCUGGACAGGCCCCGCCCCUCUCUUACGUGACAACAGCAAGAGCGUCUCUCCCUCUUGACAGUAAUUGCACUGUGCCACCACGAUUUCCCCCUUGAGCCUGACUCACAGAUAUAUUUUGCUGUCUCUAUCCACCCUGAAAGCCUCAAUUUUCCCCACACAGCAGCAGCAGCCCUCCCUCCCCCUCCACCCUCCUUUCUUUCUCUCCUCCUUCCAAAAGCCACUUCACAGUACAUCACUCACUAUCCUGUUUAUCAAUAGUAUUGUUUACUCAAUAUGCAUGUUAUUGUAAAGCACCGGUGAGCACAUUCCUGGCCAUAUUCAUAGCAAUGUGUACAGUGUAAAAAAAAACAAAACACUUCGGAUACAUUGGGAGUAAAAUAGCUUAUUUAAGCUAUUUAUUUAAGCUGUAUGAGGACUCGUCCAAUGUAUGCCGCAGUUAAAGGGAUAAUUCAGAUUUUUUAAAAUGAGGUUGUAUAAGGAGAUAAUCCAUAGUCAGUGUGUUAUGUAUAGUAGAUGGUGGUCAGCAUGCUCAAAGUUUGGAGAAGCCAGGAGUGCUGCAACUGAGGCUAAGCAAUGUACUGCUGUGAACAGGGGCAGCAGCGAAACAUAUUUUAGCUACCUUAAAAAAUCAUUAUCCGUUCAAAUGUGUGCUAUAUUUAGAAUAUUUAUAUCAGACAGCCCUUUCUGACAGCAAACUGAAGCAGUUAUCUGUUGCUGUCUUGAGCCCUGUUUCCACCAUACACUUUCAGUAUGGUACCUUUGGAACCAAAAGUAACCCUUCACACAUGGUACCUAGACCCUAGCGUUUCCACCCCAAACAAUACUCUUAGGUUGUUGUCACUCACUGCUCCGUCCAGCACUCACUGUAUUUCCUCAUUACUGGAAGUCUACACCUCGUUUAUCGUCCAGAGAAUGAGGCUGCACACCGACAUUUACAGAACAAAAUAAAGGCAGCAAAACAUCCUUUCAUUUUAUAGUUACAGUUUACUAAUAAAACUCUCCACGGUAUGAACAGUGGUUACAUGAGCCUCUAAACCAGCCACAACUCAGCCCUGAGCAGAGUGACUGUCCUCUAUCGACCAAUCAGCAGACUGCAGUGUUCACAGCUCCACCUUUUAGUACCAGAUCUGUGUGAUAGGUACCCCAACAGAGGGGGGGCCAAAUAUGGGGAUGGUACGGAAUGGUUCCAUUGGUACCAUCCACAACUUUUCACAGUGGAAACAGAAAAAAAGCGAACCGAACUGAACUGAACUGAACUCUGCUGCUCGGUGGAAAUGGGACCAUGAGAAGCAAGUAAUUUUACCUCGCUGAACAUGGGAGUUGUUGGACUACCGCUGCUUUAAUCACUUAGUUUGUUUGUGUUAUUCUGUGACUUUUCUGUGGUUCACAGUUUAGGCUCUUAUUUACCAAAGUCACACAAUAACACAAACUAACCAACUGAGGCAGAGGUUGACCAGCAACUCCGGUGUUCUGCGAGGUAAAAUUACUGUUUUUAUCAAUGGAGUCUGGCUAAGAAGAGGGCGUAGCUUCAGCUUCCAGUCCCCUUUAGAAAAGGCUGUCUGACAGCAUGUUAAAUCAGUGACAGUAUUAUAAAUAUAGCUUACACCUAAACUGAGGUUGAUUGUUUUUGGUGGUUAAAUAUGUUUUGCUGCCGACCCCGUCCACAGUAUUCUGUUGCUUUGCUUCUGUUGUGGUUCUCCUGCCUGCCUCUCCAAACUGGGACAACCACCAUCUGCUGUUGAAAAACACUGACUAUAGAUCAGUACCCCACACGACCCCACUUAAAAAGACUCAAACUGUCCCUCUCACAGUAUAUUCUGCUGUGGUUUAAGCUGACUCAUUUACUUGAGCUUUAGCACUUUUUGGAAGUGUUGCCUUGGCCGAACGCCACUUCACCACUGCCAAAGGAUGAAUAAGAAAGAUUUCACCUUUUAUUCUUCCCUCUGAAAAUCAUUUUCAUUCACUAAUGAAGGCUGGACGUGCCAAACCGAUCCUCGUGUUUACCUUCCGACACUCAAAUUAUGCGGAUGAGAAAGCCUUGUUUGCUGUUCUGUGAGCUUUCCUGACUCCCCGUGGCUGACAGAGCGCGGCCGUUACAGUAUCUCCGGUGAAGAUGACACAGGUAAUGCAACCCAGACGAUCAUAUGUUCACGUUUAUUCUCCAGGAAAUCACAAGAAGGAGAUUUCAAAUCAGUCAAAUACUGUAGUUGAUCUGUGUACAAGUAGUUAACGAUUGAAAGUGUUUUUAAAUAAAAUUCCAUUGCACACGACUGCCACUUAAAAACGUCUCAAUAGUCGCAUUGAAUAGUCAUAUCAGAAACUUCAAUGUCGGUUCUCACCGAAACACAAAAACAAGCCGGCCUGACUCUUCGUGCUCCUACAAACGUGAAUACAGAAAGCAGCUGUUUGUUUCUCAGGAAUGUGAGCACUUGAACAAUAGGCAGUAGUAUUUCAGGACAAUGUUUUAUACUCCAUAGUAGCUCAGUGAACUAAGACACCAUGUUAAACAAUCGAGAUGUGUGGUGGCUAGAAAAAAACAAAAACAAAAUGAAUGUGUUAUAGAUGUGGUGAAAUGAGAUGAGCCAGUACUAUGCUGUUAUUUUCAUUUAUUCCUUCUGAUUGUAUUGAGUGAUUUCUCUUUUUUUCCCCCCUUCAUGUUAUAUAUCUGCACUGGAAAUGGGGCAUUCCCUGCGUUGGAAGUUAUUUUGAUGGUUUUGUGUGUGAAAACGAUGUUCGUCUGUAUUGUUCCAAAUUCCUUUUAUGUGAAGGUGUGAGAGCAGUAAAUUGUGUCCGUUGCACUCUAGUUCAAUCUUUCCUCGUCAGUAGUAGAAGGUGCCUAAAUUCCACAAGAGCAAACUGAUCCAAGAGAAAAAGACAAAUCGUAUGGAAGCCCAUUUAUGUCACUAUGAUAAGUCAUUUUAAUUAGAAACUUUUUUGAGCAUUGUGAGCAUUUAUACUUGUGCAGUGGUGUGUCUGUUUCACUCUGCAGUUACACCUCCAAAACACUUGUCAGUGACGGGGUUUCUGUGAAGUGCUGUAAAGUUUAGUUGAUUCAAAACACACAUUAAACACAGAUUAAACAUGGCUUAAUAGUGACAAUUUCAAACACAAAUACACAAAUCAGCUUCACUAUAACUCACAGCAUCCACAGACAAACACUUGUCUUUAUCUGGACACAUUUUCCCCACAAAUACAACAUGCUAAUGUUUUUAGCACAAGCCUAUGGCAUUUUACAUUGUAAAAACUAACUAAGCAGCUAGCAGACUUUUCCUCUUCUCAUAUAAAACCAGGGAUAACAGCAACAUUUAACAAAGGUAACGUUACAAAAUUCAGCUCCAUUACAACUCACAAGGUUCCCUGACAAAACAACUGUCUUAUACUAAACAUGUUUUCCAAACAAAUACAACAUGCUAAUGUUAUUAGCACAAGCCUAUGGCAUUUUACAUUGUAUAAAUUAGCCCAGCAACAAGGGGAGAUUUCGUCUGCCUGUCUAAAGCCAGGAUAAAUCACACACAGGAUUUAAAAUGCUAUUUUUGUGGAGGCUUUAUUGGCUUCACAAUUUAUUGUUUCUAAUCUGUGAAAUGAAAGUAAAUAAAAGCUUUGUUUCCACUGAGGGAAAUGGUUUCAGCUUACAAAAUAUAGGCUACUGGAGGUCUGCGUCACCGCAACGGGUAGUUACAUUUCCGGGGAGCUGCAAGUCAGGCUUAGUACCUAAAAAUAACGACUAAGUAUCUCAAAAAAAAAGUGAAGCUUUCUCAAAAUAAUGACUUAUUUUAAAAAAUUGUGAUGUAAAGUAUCUCAGUAUACUGACUUACUUAAAAAAGUGAGUUAGGGUCUCAAAAUAAUGGGAGAUUUUCUCAAAAUUACGUAGUAUCUAAAAAUAAAGACUUAUUAAAAAAGUGACCCAGUAUCCCAAAAUAACACCUUAGUUUGCCAAAAGUACUAGAUGUAGUAUCUCAAAAAGAUUUUGAAGCUUACUGAAAGUAAUAACUUAUUUUAAAAUAAUGACUUAGUAUCUCAAAACACUGAGAAAUUUUCUCAAAAGGAGUUAGUAUCUCAAAAAAUGGCUUAGUAUCUCCAAAAAAUAUGAAGCUUUAGUAUCUCAAAACUAUUAGAAGCUCACACAAAAGAUGACCUAGUAUCUCAAAAUAACGACUUAGAACGCCAAAAGUAGUAUAUAUAGAAUAUAAAAAAAAUAGAAGCUUACUGAAGAUAUUUUUAUUUUAAAAAAUGAGUUACUAUCCUGAAAUACUGACUCUCUAAAAAAAUGAGUUAAUAUCUCAAAAUAAUGAAAACUCUUCUCUAAAUGAGAUAGUAUCUAAAAAAAAAGACUUCAUAAUGCAAAAAAAUGUGAAGCUUUUCUCUAAAUAAUGAGGCAGCAUUUCAAAAUAGUGAUUUAGUGUCUAGAAAUUUGGACUUAAUAAUGAGAAACGCUACUAAGUCACUUUUUUUUAUUAAGUCAUUAUUUUUGAGAUACCCAUUUUAGAAGAUUUUGAGUCAUUAUUUUGAAAAAGUAUGUUAUUAUUUAGAGGUAAGUUAUUAUUUUGAGAAAGUUUCUCAUCAUAAGGACUUACACAAUCUUUUUGUUUCAUCACAUUGGCACAAAUGGGCUUCCAUCGUAUACUGUGUCUAAUUUCGUCCUUUCCACUCAGUAACAGCAGGUACCUGGAUUCCACAAGAACAAACUGAUCUAAAUAAAAUAAAAAUAGGGUGAAGACCACAUUUAUCAAGUCUUUUAAUAGCAGCAAUGUUCUAACAGAGAUCCCAGUAUGUUUUUAAACCAUUCCCAGUGUGAGUGCAGAUCAGUUCUCAGUGCUGUGAUAAGACAGUUUAAUAUUAGAGCAGCUGCGAGACACUGAGGAAACUGAAUUAUGUGCUCUCCUGCUGACAGUGGUUUAAUAAGCUCUUCUCUCCUCUCUGCAUAGACAAGUCUUUUUGUACCACCAAAUGUAUAAUUCCUGCAUACAGACAGAUAUUAAACAUUUAUAGACUUUUGUUAUUGGAGAGUUAUUCUCCAAUGAUGCUCAGUACCUCUUAUAAGAUCUGUAAUCUGUCCACAAGGAGGCGCUGUUGUGUUGCGUUUUACUUCCAUCCUCCAAAUUAUGCAUGGAGCUGUUUUUUAUUACUUUUGCAGAAGAAGCACCAAAACCAUACCAUGAUGAGACAUUUUUGAUAGGUUAUUAAUGCUCAAUGAUUAUGUUCUAUAUGAAUCUGGUUGUGAUUGUUCUGUACUGUAACACUGAUUUGACUGUUGACACGACAAACAGACCUGGACUCCACCAC